AUUAAAAUCCUGCCAAAAUCUCACCCUCUCAGAUCUCCUUCUUACAGCAAUUUGGUUCUCUGCCAAACUUUGGGUAAUAAAUAGAAUCUACAAGCUCUCUGAACACAGAGCUGCAGCUUUUCAGAGAAGAAAUCAAAACAAGAUUACACGAAGCCUGAAAAAUGAAGACUAAAAUGAAGUAUUCAACCACCAAAAUCUCCCCAGCAAAGAUGAACAGUUCAGCAAGCAAGGCUUUGGUAAAAUCUCCCAAGCUGAGAAAAUCCCAACAGAAAGCUGAAGAAGUUUGCCAGAUGUAUUUUAUGCAGCUGCGCUCUGGCCUUAUCAUAGAAAAGACAGCCUGUUAUUUUAGGAAAGAAAUCACCAAAAAGCAUUCACCAAGAACAGCUGAAAAGUACAAAGAGCAACAUGUGGUAUUCACUGCUUGUCGUCAACAGCUAAAGAAAGACUUUGCCUGUGAGGUACCUAUGGUCCCCAAGUGUAUUGGAGCAACUAAUAUUCCAAGUAUCCAAGAAUAUUCUGCUUCCCUGAGCACAUACAAUGAUCAAUCUAUUACUUUCGUUUUUGAGGAUGGAAGUUAUGAGAUCUAUGUAGAAGACUUGGGAAAAGACCAAGAGAAAGAUAAGGUGUUAUUCCGUUAUUAUGAUUCUCAAUCCCCCUCUCAUGAAACAGGUGAUGGUGUUGAUGGCCAGACAUUAUUGGUAAACCUGAGUCCUACAAAAGACAAAGAUUUUUUGCUGCAUGCCAACAACAAGGAACACUCUGUGGAGCUACAAAAAUGUGAAAAUCAGUUGCCAGACCAGGCCUUCUUCCGCCUCCAUAGGAAGUCUUCUAAAUGUGUUUCAUUUGAGUGUAAGAACAAUCCUGGAGUGUUUAUAGGAGUAAAGGAUAACCACCUUGCUCUAAUUAAAGUAGGGGACCAAACUGAGGAUUCGAGUAUAGAGAAUACCAUAUUUAAGCUCUCUUAAACUUAAUGUGAUGAAAGCUGUGGAGCCUGGGUUGGGUAGCCCAAAUAGCUACUGCUGGAGAAAGGAAGGAUGAGAGAUAAAGAAAGAGACAACAUUUAAGGGAAAUGGAGGGAACUUAGUAUGCUCUAGAAUAUUUUCCUUAUUAUUUGUAUAAUAUAUUUUUAUAAUCCUUCAGUUCUGUUUUUUAUUACUCUUUGUCUCCCUACAUAUUCAAAAGUCUGUUGUUAAAGAGCCCUCAGAAAAUAUACAACCUGACUUUUACUUUUUUCUACUUUCAGUCCAGAAAGCUUCAUAUUUAGAGCUGAGACCUCUGGGGGAAAGCAAGGGCCUUAAUCCAAGUUUCAUUUUAGACAGGGAUCAAUUUUAAAAAGCUACAUAGAGACAUAAUUUUCCCUGAUUCAAAACAAAUUCAAACACUAGAGCUGUUGGUGAAAAGACAAUCAGAUCUACUUAGACUGACCAUUUCACAAAUGGAAUAAAACACCAAAUUUGUUUGAAGAUGCCCAAAACUGGGACACCUGGGUGCCUUUGGCUCAGGUCAUGAUCCCAGGAUCCUGGGAUCAAGUUCCACACUGGGCUCCCUGCUCAGCCAGGAGCCUGCUUCUCCCUCUGCCUGUCACUCCCCCUGCUUCUGAACCCUCUCCCUCUCUCUCUCUCCCCCUCUCUGACAAAUAAAUAAAUAAAAUAUUAAAAAGAAAAGAAGAUACCCAAAACUUAAGAUACCUACAAAGGUAGGCAGAUAAUAUGAGAAAAGACAAAGAUAGUUGAAAAAUUAAGAAAAAUAAAUCCAGUAUUUGUAAAGUAAGUAAUUUUACAUCUAAUUGUUUCAUUUUUAAAAUGCUGAUUUUCAUAGACUGAAUUAAAUUUAGCAAGGCAUUCUUACAUUAAGAAGUGAAAUAAAUUUUAGUUCAGACAUAUAAUUGAAAUCUUUGGGAAUAUCUAACAAACUUAAUACCAUGGUGAAGCCACAAGUCCUCUAAUCUACUAGAGCCUAGAUGGGACACAGAAUUAACAUUACAAUAUGAAUAACUGGCUAUCCCUUAUGUUUGUGGUAUACCAUCUCCUUCUGACACUAUGCUCCAGGGAUCUAUGACUUGAUAUACAUGUCACCCUGGACAAAAUUUCUUCUAAUCCUUUCUUCCCAGGUGUACAAGUGUUUUCUUUGUCCAGCUUCCUGAUUAGCCUGCUUACUAUGGAAUAUUUAUUUGACUUUUCUUCCUUCCUCAUUUCUUUUGACCAACUGUGCUCUUGAUAUACAUUUUGUGUCCCCUGAGCUUCAUUCCAUGUCACCUACCUCUAGAUGCCAACAUCUUUUUCUACUUUGUCUACCUGAUGCAGAAUUUCACAUAAACCUACUGAUGGCAAUAUUUUUUAUUAAACACCUUUGUGUUUUACAUUACUAAGGUAGUAAAAUUUAUACUCAACCAUAUAAUAAAAUGUUUCAACUACUAAAGGAAUAAUUUUUGCUUAUUUUAAGGUCUUAAAUUCUACUAUAAUUUUUUCAUAGGUUUAAUACUGACAAUAAAUGAUAAAACUAAUAACAGUACUUAUGAAGUACAACUUUUUCUGAAAGUGUAGGCUUUUUAAUUUCUAAUUUGUUGAGCUCUAUUGGAUAUAAUGCUGGUGGAACAUAAGAUUAAAAAGGCUAAGAAUUACUGUGCGAGGGUAAACAACUGUAAAGAACAAUAUAUCUUUCAUUACAUUGUCAAUUUUAUUAAUGGAGACAAAAUAAAAGCAAAAUAUACAUCAUCUUUUCUGAAAAACACUAAAUGUUGACCAUAUGCAUCUGUAUGUUAUACUUAAAAUGAUUGUUUUAAAGUAACCAAAUAUAUCGAUUACAUUGUUUAAGUUCUUGAAUAAAUUGCACUUUUUAAAAGUAUGUGAGGUAUUAAUGAUUUUAUGAUAAAAUGACUGUUCUGAAAUUUUUAAGUCAAAGUAAGCAUAUAUUAAUCCACUGAUGUUGAUAUCUGGAGUAGAUCAUUUGUCUGGUAAUUCAAAACUAAGUAAGAGAAGGGAUUGUGUCUUUUUCACCUUUGUACUCCCAGUGCCCAUUAUAGUGGCCAGCACAAAGGACCAAUUCAGCGACUUUUACCUGAGAUCAAACAGCCAACAUACCCCUACCAAAGGAACUUUAACCUGACUUCUGACUCAAUUACGUAUAUUUCAACCUGAUUAUCUUAUUUCUGAUGUUCAAUUUUCCUUUUUAAAAACACUUUCCACCAUCACUAUGGUGAGUAUUGUUUGAUUAAAAUAUACAAAUGUGUGGUGGCCUUUUGCUACUUAUUUUCAUGUGUUUUGAUGGUCCAUAACACACACAUUACUGGAAAGAAUGUGUUCAUUUCAUUGUAUUAGAAAUAACAAUUAUGUCAAAACUUGCUUUUUCCUCAUUUUAUUUAUAUUUGUUAGAUUUUUAUGUAUUUAUUGGAUACCUUGAAAUACUGUUAAGAAAAUUUUAUUUGAAUGAGUAAUGUGGCUUAGAAUUGGAAAAGAAAAGUAAGAGUUGAGAUUCAGGGGAUUUGGAAAGAAAAUCGCUAAUUAGAAUGCAACAGCUUAAUUAAAGUCUAAAAAGAUUGACUUAUAACCCCCACAUCAGCAAAACAAGUCAAAAAACAAAAACAAUUUCAACUUUUGUGCCUCAUACCAAAAAACUGCAUGAUAGAGAAAUCUUCUAGAAUACUCACGUGGGAAUUGAACCAGGCUUGUCCCAAAAUUCCUUUCCCCCAUCCAUCAUACAAUGACCUGUACAGCCCAGAAAUCUUGUCCUCUAGCAUUUGCUCCUUAAACACAUGCCAUGUAUAUUGGACUUUGCUAAGUACCAUGAAGGCACCAAACAAAACAAAACAAAAACCUAAACUAUGCUCCUUGUCCACAUGGAACUUAAAAUAUGUACAAUUUAUGUAUUAAAACUCCAACUCUGCAGUACACAGUUACACAAAGGUAAGAGACAUCAAUGUGAGUUUUUCAUUAAAGAAAGAAAUAGGACUGAAGACUCUAUCUCCAUACCCUCGUACCCACCCACCCUGAUUGAUUCAUAUAUCCAUUCUCAAGGUCAUGUUAAAUAGUUUCCCUCUGCAGAUCCCAGGCAAAAGGAGGUCAAUUCAGUUGCUCCAAAUUCCUUAAUAGUUAGGGUUGGGAUUAGGGGGCUUAGGUAUCUGAGAAACAGAUGCAAGAGAUAGAAGUUAAAGUCAAUUGGUAGAGUUAGAAUCAAUGAACUGCUUCCUGUUGAGAUAUCAAGAUGAUGAGAUAUUUGUCCAAGUCCAAUUAUAGUCCCUAGUCCAUAGGAUACUCCCAUAAGAGAAUACAUGAAUCACUACAUGAAUACAUGAAUCACUACCCAGCAUAUUAAAAACAUAGCUUUGCCUCUUGCACUGUUAGUGGGAAUGCAGACUGGUAUAGCCACUCUGGAGAACAGUAUGGAAGUUCAUCAAAAAGCAAAAAAUAGAACUACCUUAUGAUCCAGCAAUUGCACUACUAGGUAUUAACCCAAACAAUACAAAAAUACAGAUUCAAAGGGGUACAUGCACCCCAAUGUUUAUAGCAGCAUUAUCAACAAUAGCCAAACUAUAGAGAUAGCCUAAAUGUCCAUUGACUGAUGAAUGGAUAAAGAAGGGAUGGUGUGUAUAUAUAUAUAUAUAGAAACACACAAUGGAAUAUUACUCACCCAGCAAGAAAAUGAAAUCUUACAAUUUGCAAUGAUGUGGAUGGAACUGAAGUGUAUUAUGCUAAGUGAAAUAAGUCAGAAAGACAAAUACCAUAUGAUCUCACUCAUAUGUGGAAUUUAAAGAAGAGAACAGAUGAAUAUAUGGGGAGGGGGAAAGAAAAAAAAGGAGAGAGGGGAAAAAACCAUAAGAGACUCUUAAAAAUAGAGAACAAACUGAGAGUUGAUGGAGGGAGAUGUGUGUGGGAUGGGCUAGAUGGCUGAUGGGUAUUAAAGAGGGCACUCGGUGUUAUAUGUAAAUGAUGAACCACUGAAUUCUACUCUUGAAACCAAUAUUGCAUUGUAUGUUAACUAACUAAAAUUUAAAUAAAAAUUAAAAAUAAAUAAAGAGAUUA